AUGCGUCGCUACGAAGGUCUGUGGCACAAGCGACAGCUUGUACCGUGCUGGAUUCUCCAGUGUCUUGCAGCAGGUGUAUUUCUGAUCGCCUCGGGCCUGCUCCUGGCGGCCGCUGCCUACGUCAAGAAGAACGAGACCGACCUGGACUACAGUUACUAUGGUUACAGCACCGACCAGCUGCUCACCUACGCCGCCGCCGCCGGCAGUGUCAUCCUCGUCUUCUCCGUGUGCACCAUUGUCUUUGACAUUGUCGAGUGCGUGUUGUACGCGCGCCGCGUCCUAAGCCCCGUCGCCCUGCUGGUGCUCGCGGUGCUCAAGACUGCAGCUUGGGGUGCCUACUUUAUCCUGGCCAUUGUCAGCGCCGCCCAGGGCAGCGCCAGCUGGCUUGAUCUCUUCUUGAGUGCCGUCCUGGUCUCGACGGCUCUGAGCCAGCUUAUCCUUGGAGCCAGAUUCACACAUCGUCUGCGCAAGGGCACGCUCGACAACCGCGGCAACUACAGCGCGGCCGCGGCCCAGCAUGUAGAGGGCGGCAUGGCCCCUCCACCCGCUGGGUACGCCUACGGAGGCCCUCAGUUGAAUCCUUUCAACGACACUUCCUACAGAUCGCCUAGUCCCAACUCGGCCGUGUACCCGCAGAAGCCUGAGGACCCUAACUACGGCGUCGAGAUGCAGUCUCAGCGACCUCCACACUACGCUUAG